GGUAAUUGGGUAUUAAACAGAUAUUUCCCGCUGUGAUGAAAAAUACUAGGUUUUUUAAAAACUCUAAAAUUCUGGCAAGUUUUUCUUUUAUCGAGCUAGUUUUUCAAGAUAAAUGAAUCAAAUAAAAUUUUCGUUUUCACCCAUUUUCUCUGCGCAAGUAUACUGCACGAAUUAUUCGAACUAUCGAAAAUUCCAUUUGUAUCCGGCAAAGAUAUGAUCACCAUCGGUUUGCUUUUAUUAACUUACGUUUCCCACGAAGUGACCAGCAAAGAAAUCGGAAGUCAGCAAAGUGAAAGAGACGCUCUUUUGAAACUUCGUGAACGAGUACGAGACUGUUUGACCGAAGAUUACCAAGACAGUGAAUAUUUGUUGAGGUGGUUACGAGAUAAUAAAUUUGAUGUAGACAAAGCGGAGCAGAUGUUACGAAAAUCGAUCGAAUGGCGCAGAGAAUGGAAAGUGGAUAAAUUAAAAAACCUCGAAUUACCGGAACUUUUUAAGCGAUAUUUCACUCACGGUUUGAGUGGAUUUGACAAAGAAGGUGCUCCUGUCGUUAUCGUGCCUUUUUCUGACCUGGACGCUCCAGGAAUUUUGAAUCUUGUCGGAAGCGACGAAUUUAUCACCGGAACUCUGAAAGUAUUCGAAUAUUAUCAAAUACUAGCCCGACAACGAUUUUCGGAAUUUGGCCCAAAUGCCGGUAAAAUUCUUCUCAUUAUCGAUAUGACCGGAUUUCAUUUUAAAUUGACGACAAAAUUAAGCGAAGCCAAAAUUCUGGGUAGACGACUGACACAAAUGUACCAAGACAACUAUCCGGAUUCUAUGAAACAUUGUUUUCUACUUAAUGUUACUUCGACUUUCAAAUUAGCGUUUAGUAUGAUGUCCAGUUAUCUGGGUAAUCUUAAACCUCAUAUUAAACUGUAUAAAGCGUCAGAAUUUGCCAAAGCUAAGCAAGAUUUAUUAGAACGAGUCGAAGCCGAUCAAUUACCAGCUCAUUAUGGAGGUACAAUGACUGAUGCCGAUGGAAACCCUAAAUGUGUAACGAAAAUUAAUUACGGUGGUCGUGUUCCGGAGAAUUAUCCAGUCGAAAAUCGUUUGAUAGAUUUACUCGGCAAAUAUGACGAUUCGGAGGAUUCAAGUUCAGAAUGUUACGAAGGAAUAAUUUGAUAUUUUAUCACCGAGUAAAAAUCAACACUUGUAUAUAAUAUGUAAUUUUUUUCAAAUUUUUUAUAAGAAUUUAUUUGUCAUAGUACCUAUAAGUACCUGCCAAUUUUUUUUUCACUUGUGUGGGGAAUAUAAUCGUAUAGGAAAGUCGAAUUUAAGGAAUAAUAAAAGAGUCGAUGUUUUAUACUAAGGACAAGAAGUAAUCAGGUUAGACAUCAUUUGGUCAAAUGAUGUAGAGACUCGUCAAUUUUAAAAGUAUUAUCAAAAUAAAACCAUUGAAAUUGUUAUGAAACUAA